AGAUGCGCAUGUUCUCAUGUUCUGGGUGAGCAUCCGGGAGCGCUGAUGACAGCCAGCCUCACUUAAACAUGUGACCGCGUCGCUCCGCCACCUCCACCUGACGGGAUCACGCGCUGCGGAGGUCUGCGCUCCUUCUGUUUGUAUCCGGUCAACUUCUGAGAGCAGGAUGGACAACGGGGACCAGGGAGCUCAGGUAGAGCCGCUGCUGCUGCCAUCGGGAAACUCCUCCUUCUCAUCUUCAGUUGGACGCAGAAGUUUGAGGAAUGAUGAUGAAGCGGUGCUUGACCGGGGAGGAACAAGGUCCCAGCAGAGAGCAAACUUUGAGCAGGAAGACUUCGAAGGCCAUAGGACUCUCUACAUUGGGGUCCAUGUCCCACUGGGCAGUACCAGGCACCGCAGCCAUCGCAGGCAUCGUCACCAUGGAAGCAAGCACUGGAGGAGGAGGAGCAGGGAGCUCAACCUCCCCUUGGACGAGGGCAGGGAGUCUCCCCUUUUUGACACUCCCUCCCAAAGAGUGCAGUUUCUUUUGGGGGCAGAGGACGACGAUGAGGAGCACAUUCCUCAUGACCUGUUCACAGAGAUGGAUGAGAUCUGUCUAAAGGAUGGAGAGGAUUCAGAGUGGAGGGAAAGUGCUAGGUGGUUGAAGUUUGAGGAGGAUGUGGAGGACGGAGGAGAGCGUUGGAGCAAACCCUACGUGGCCACGUUGUCUCUGCACAGCCUCUUUGAACUGCGCAGCUGUAUCAUCAAUGGCACUGUGCUGCUAGAUAUGAAAGCCAAUGGCAUUGAGGAUGUUGCAGACAUGGUGUUAGACCACCAGGAGCUGUACUCACCACUGGGAGAUGAGCUCAGACGGAAAGUGCGCAAAACCCUUUUAAAGCAACACCAUCACCAGAACCAGAAGAAGUUGGCCAAUCGACUACCUAUUGUACGCUCCAUCGCUGACAUGGGCCGACGAGCAUCUGAGCAGCAUCUGGACAAGAAUGGUCAGAUGACGGCAUCCUCGUCUCAGUUAGCUGCUCCAGAUGGCAAAACAGAAGUCAGUAGAGAAAACAGUGCUGUGGAUUUUAGCAAGAUAGACCUUCAUUUUAUGAAGAAGAUCCCAGCAGGGGCAGAGGCGUGUAACGUGUUGGUGGGAGAGCUGGACUUUUUGAACAAGCCUGUGGUGGCGUUUGUUCGCCUCUCCCCCGCGGUCCUGCUCAAUGGGCUGGCUGAGGUCCCAAUUACCACAAGGUUUCUCUUUAUUCUUUUAGGGCCCUUUGGAAGGGGGGCUCAGUACCAUGAAAUCGGAAGGUCCAUUGCAACACUUAUGACAGAUGAGGUUUUUCAUGAUGUUGCCUACAAAGCUAAGGACCGGAAUGAUCUGAUUGCUGGGAUCGAUGAAUUCCUCGAUCAAGUAACAGUCCUUCCCCCAGGAGAAUGGGAUCCAUCGAUUCGGAUAGAGCCACCAAAAAAUGUACCUUCGCAGGAGAAAAGGAAGAAAAGCAACAUGUUAUCAAAUGGAUUAGUGGAGGGUGAGGAGGAGGAGGAAGAAGGUGGCCACGGUGGUCCAGAACUAGAGCGUACCGGAAGAUGGUUCGGUGGUCUCUUUCUGGAUAUUAAGCGAAAGGUCCCCCACUAUCUAUCUGACUACAUUGAUGGUAUGAAUUUACAGUGUGUGGCCUCCUUCUUAUUCCUCUACUGUGCCUGCAUGUCCCCUGUCAUCACCUUUGGGGGCCUGCUCGGCGAAGCAACAGAAGGACGAAUAAGUGCCAUUGAGUCGCUGUUUGGAGCCUCAUUGACGGGAAUAUCUUAUUCCUUAUUUGCUGGGCAGCCGCUCACCAUUCUGGGAAGCACAGGCCCUGUGCUGGUGUUUGAGAAGAUAUUGUUCAAAUUCUGCAAGGAGUAUGGCUUGUCCUAUCUCUCACUGAGAACCUGCAUAGGUCUUUGGACAGCUUUCCUCUGUAUUCUGCUGGUGGCCACAGAUGCAAGUUCUCUUGUUUGUUACAUCACACGUUUCACAGAGGAAGCUUUUGCAUCGCUAAUCUGCAUCAUAUUCAUUUAUGAAGCAUUGGAGAAACUUUUCCACCUGGGAGUACAUUAUCCCUUCAACAAGAACAACAACCUGGCUAAGCUCACCACAUAUUCAUGUUCUUGCGUCGAACCAUCAGAUCCCACAAAUGCCACUACGAAGUACUGGGAGAUCAACAACAUCACUGCCACAGAAAUCUAUUGGGAAGCACUGGAGGUGAAGGACUGUGUUGAAAAGCGGGGCGAGUUUUUCGGCAGCGCCUGUGGCCCUCAUGGGCCCUAUGUCCCUGAUGUUCUCUUCUGGUGUGUCAUACUGUUCUUCUCCACUGUCCUUAUGUCAGCAUUUCUCAAGGAGUUCAAGUUCAGCAAUUACUUCCCCACAAAGGUGCGGUCCGUCAUCAGUGACUUUGCAGUUUUCUUCACUAUUCUCACCAUGGUCUUGGUUGAUUAUGCCUUAGGGAUUCCGUCUCCAAAACUGAAGGUUCCUAAUGUGUUUAAGCCAACCAGAGAUGAUCGGGGUUGGUUCAUUAACCCUCUGGGGCCUAACCCAUGGUGGACAGCCGUCAUAACUGUGAUACCAGCUCUACUGUGUACUAUCCUCAUCUUUAUGGACCAGCAGAUCACUGCUGUUAUCAUCAACAGAAAGGAGCACAAGCUCAAGAAAGGCUGUGGUUACCACCUAGACCUGUUCAUGGUUGGGGUGAUGCUGGGUGUGUGCUCUUUGAUGGGCUUGCCAUGGUUUGUGGCAGCCACUGUCCUCUCCAUCACUCAUGUCAACAGCCUGAAACUGGAAUCGGAGUGCUCGGCUCCUGGAGAGCAGCCCAAGUUCCUGGGAAUCAGAGAGCAACGCAUUACGGGCCUCAUGAUCUUCACACUCAUGGGCUCCUCUGUUUUCAUGACAUCAGUUCUUAAGUUCAUUCCCAUGCCUGUCUUGUACGGAGUAUUCCUUUACAUGGGGGCAUCUUCUCUCAGAGGCAUUCAGUUCUUCGAUCGCCUCACAUUAUUUGGUAUGCCUACGAAGCAUCAGCCAGACUUCAUCUACUUACGACAUGUGCCACUGAGGAAGGUGCACCUCUUCACCAUAAUCCAGCUCAGCUGUCUGAUUCUGCUCUGGGUUAUCAAGACCUCAAAGGCUGCUAUUGUAUUUCCUAUGAUGGUGUUGGCUCUGGUGUUCAUCAGGAAAUUAAUGGACUGUAUCUUCACCAAUAGAGAGCUAAGCUGGCUUGAUGAUCUCAUGCCAGAAAGCAAGAAGAAAAAGCUUGAGGAUGCUGAAGAGGAGGAGGAGCAAAGUGUACUAGCAGAAGACGAGGGAGCUGUGCAAGUGCCACUAGGGGGAUAUAAAGGAAUACCCAUAAUCAACAUCACAGAUGAAAUGUCGAAAGGUUCUUUUGGAAAUACGUGGAAUGCCAGUGGCUAACAAAAGGAAGAAAAGGUCUCAUAAUUGGACACCUGACUUCAGCCCAUUCCAAUGUUAUAAAGAACUCUUCUAUCUCUUCAGUAUUCACAUGACUUGGUAUCUUCUGAGGACAUAUGUUUUUUUUUUUUUUUUUUUUCAGUUAUGAAAAUUAGUCAUCCUGCUCUUUUUCUUCUAUUUCCCUGCUUUAAGAUAAUGUAGGUAAUGCUAAGAUGAAUAGUGGGAGGUGUCUUGCUUUUGUCUCUGUUUCAGCUGCAGCGGUAGAGGCUACAGAUCUGUGUGCUGCAGACUAUCGACCAUUCGAUUUUAGCAAUGUGAAUCUAUGUGUAAGUGGAUAAAUGUGUGUGGCUACUGAUCCUGAAAAAACACUGUUUAGAAUCCAGUCCAACCUUAAUAUUUCAUUCAUGUUGUUGUCAAAUGGAGCUUCUCUACAUUUGGAUGGUUGCUGGUUUACUGAAUGUACUUAAAAACUAUUUUAACGUUUCUCAUUCAAACCUCUUGUAUGUUACAACAGUUACUUGUACAUUUUUUAGCAACCAAAUGCAAUAACCCUUUCUGCCAAAAUGAUGGUACCCUAAUAUAUGGGAAAUUACUUAGGUAUGUAUAUUUUUGUGUUAUCUAUUUUCUAUUUAUUGUUGCUGCAUAAUGUCAAAAGAAUUACAGUAUGUUGUUUUCAAGUGUAGGUUUAAUGCUUACAUUUUAAAUAUAAAUCAAUUUCAAGAUCAUCCUAAUGUGCUCUAUAUUUGUUUGAAGUUUACAGAGUCAUUUAAGUAUUGAAAAAUAACAUUUAUCCAAAGAAACAUUUUAUCACGGUUACAUUUCUUGAAUUUUAAAAUGAUGAACAAAAUGAGGGUUCAUUAAUUUUAGGAUUUUUUUUUCAAGGAAAAAAAAAUGUUUUACUAGCUAAGUGUUUUGGGUGUGCUUACCUUAAUAAAUCUGAGCAUAAAUCAGCAUAUUUACCUGUCUUUUGUAUAAGGGUAAACGUUUUGGUGAAAUUAUUUGUUAUUGUGAAAUGUGAAGUGUGUAUAAAACAGGUUUUAACUGUCAGCCCUCACACACGGCACACGUGGUGGCCAGCUUCAAGUUUUUAGCCAGACAAUUUCAGAAUGAUAAAAUGUGAACAUUAAGAAAAAGUAAGCUUGCAUAAAAUGCUUCCGUACACGUUUUUUUAUCAUUACUUUUAGUUACAAUAUUUUGCAAAGAUUAUUUUAAUUUAAGCUCUAGC